CACAGGCCCCGCCCAGAGGCCGUGCGUCAGUGCGUCGUCUCUAUGGUGGCGGCGGAUUUGGAGGGACCUUGAGGAUCGUAGCGUCAGGUCUUUCCAUCACCAUUCUUCUGUGGGAUUCCCUGGCGGCCGCAAUACUCAACUCUGGGGCUCUCUCCUGCUACGUGGGAUCCCCUCCUCCUUGAUGUACCGCCGCGAGCGCUCCAUCCUACUUCGGGGCUCUGCCGCCGCCUUGUCUAACAACCUCAGUGUACUGCAGCUUCCAGACCGCGAUCUCAGGCAUUUUGGAGUGGUUCAUGGACCGAGCGCCCAGAUUCUCAGCUCUGCCCCUGAGGGUGUGCCCUUGGCCCAGCGCCAGCUCCAAGUCAAAGUAGGCGUUGGAGUGAGUCCCCCACUUAUCACCCAGGUCCACUGGUGUGUCUUCCCCUUCAGAGUACUGCUGGUUCUCACCUCACAUCAAAGGAUACAGAUGUAUGAGUCUGAUGGCUCCCUCAUGGUCUAUUGGCAUGCCUUGGAUUCAGGAGAUUCUUCCUCAGCACAGGCUAUGUUUGCCCGAGGAAUUGCUGCCAGUGUUCACUUCAUCUGUGUGGGAACAUGGUCCGGUCGGAUACUGGUGUUUGACAUCCCUGCUAAGGGUCCCAACAUUGUACUUAGUGAGGAGCUGGCUGGACACCAGACACCAAUCACAGACAUUGCCACUGAGCGUGCCCAGGGACAGGAUGGUGUUGCCGACAUGGUGACAGCCGAUGACUCGGGAGUUCUGUGUGUCUGGAGGUCAGGAACUACGUUCACGUUACUGACCCGAAUCCCAGGCUUCGGGGUCCCAUGCCCCUCUGUGCAGCUGUGGCAGGGGAUUGUGGCAGCAGGGUAUGGGAAUGGGCAAGUGCGUCUGUAUGAUGCCACUACAGGAACACUCCACGUCCAGAUCAGUGCCCAUGCCCGGACCAUCUGUGCCCUGGACCUAGCUCCAGAAGUGGGCAAGUUACUCUCUGCAGCUGAGGAUACCUUUGUGCACAUCUGGAAGCUGAACAGGAACCCAGAGAGUGGCUCCAUUGAGGUUGAACACUACCAUGGCGAAUGCAUUUCUGACACCCAGCUGUGCGGUGCUCGGUUCUGUGACCCAUCGGGCAGCUCCUUUGCGGUGACGGGUUAUGACCUCGCUGAGAUCCUGAGAUUCAGCAGUGUCUGAGAGAGGACACACUUCCCUUCUCCCCUGGAGGAAAGCAAGGCCCGAAUCUCAGCUGAGAUGGCAUUAUUCUGCAGGAGCAGCCCCUCACCAGGACCCCCUGAGGCCACAGGCUCUGAUAAGACUGUGUGACAUUGGGGUGGUUGGAGCAGAAGUGGGUAAAGAAACCAAGGAAAAAAAGGAGAGAAAGCAGUGCCGGACAAGUGAGGUCGGAAGAGGAGGCAGGAGUCCACAUGCACAGAGAAACAGAAAAGAAGGUUAGGAUAGAUGUCUGCAAUGAAUCUGGCUCUUGGGGGUUUGCUCUGAACUUGGGUGGAGGUGGCUUUCAGAAUCCGAGAGAAAAAGGAAAUACAGUCGGGCUGAGUGGGA